CUAAUAAAUAUGUCUGCUCCUACGUACGUAUAAGCUUUACACGUCGAUCCAAUUCGGUCUAGCGGCCAUCAUCUCCUGCCCAAUUGCCCUUAGUCUGGCUUUUAUAUCAAUCACUCUGGCUUAUCCAUGGGUCAAUUUCCCGUGGCGGGGUUUUUCCGAGUAUUCGUUGCACUGCCAUCCGAGGCUCCAGGUUUCGGACAAAGGUAGUUUCAGCGUUGUUCCUUUUCUUAUAAAAGCUCUCUGUCGUCUGCUAUCGCCAGUAUAAUAGCUAUCAUAGAACAUUGAGCUCGUUGAAGAACUUGGUCGUUAUUGUUGGAGAAUCCAUUUGUCAUUGAAAAGUUCUGGCUGGAAUUUUUCGUUGAAUUUUUCACUCCGGAUUUUUCAGUGGAUCCCCAUAUGAUAAUCAGAAUUGUCGUUUUCAUAUAAAAGAUCAACCCACAUUAUAUUUGACACAUCCACUACAUUAGUUCUUGCUCCGUCGAAACUACUAUUCUCCACAGCACGAUCAAAUUUGCUGUCGUUUCCAGAAUUUCCCUAGACAUUCGAUAUGACCGCUAGACUCGCACAGCUUUCAGCCCAUCUCAGUCCUACUAACACUCUUCCCAGUGGUGAUAUCGGUUUGAUCGGUUUGGCCGUCAUGGGUCAAAACUUGAUCCUCAAUGCUGCCGACCACGGCUUCACUGUUGUUGCCUACAACAGAACCGUGGCCAAGGUCGAUGAGUUCCUUGCUAACGAAGCCAAGGGCAAGUCCAUUAUCGGUGCCCGUUCCAUCGAAGAAUUGGUUGCCAACUUGAAGAGACCAAGAAGAAUCAUCUUGUUGGUCAAGGCCGGUAAGCCUGUUGACGCCUUCAUUGAGCAAUUGUUGCCACACUUGGAAAAGGGUGACAUCAUCAUUGACGGUGGUAACUCGCACUUCCCAGAUUCCAACCGUCGUUACGAAGAAUUGAACGACAAGGGUAUUCUCUUCGUCGGUUCCGGUGUCUCUGGUGGUGAAGAAGGUGCCCGUAACGGUCCUUCUUUGAUGCCUGGUGGUCACAAGGACGCUUGGCCACACAUCAAGGACAUCUUCCAGUCCAUCGCCGCCAAGUCCGACGGUGAGCCAUGUUGUGACUGGGUUGGUGAUGCCGGUUCCGGUCAUUACGUCAAGAUGGUCCACAACGGUAUCGAAUACGGUGACAUGCAAUUGAUCUGUGAAGCCUAUGACUUGUUAAAGAGAGUUGGUAAGUUCACCGACAAGGAAAUCGGUGAUGUCUUCACUCAAUGGAACAAGGGUGUUUUGGACUCCUUCUUGAUUGAAAUCACCAGAGACAUUCUUUACUUCAACGACCCUACCGACGGCACUCCUUUGUUGGAAAAGAUCUUGGAUUCUGCUGGUCAAAAGGGUACUGGUAAGUGGACUGCCAUCAACGCCCUUGACUUGGGUAUGCCAGUUACUUUGAUUGGUGAAGCUGUCUUCUCCAGAUGUCUUUCUGCCUUGAAGGAUGAAAGAGUUAGAGCUUCUACUGUCUUGGAAGGUCCAACUGUUUCCGGUGAAUCCCCAAUCACCGACAGAAAGCAGUUCGUUGACGACUUGGAACAAGCCUUGUACGCCUCCAAGAUCAUCUCCUACGCUCAAGGUUUCAUGUUGAUCAACGAAGCCGCUAAGGAAUACGGCUGGAAAUUGAACAACCCUGCUAUCGCCUUGAUGUGGAGAGGUGGUUGUAUCAUCAGAUCUGUUUUCUUGGGAGAAAUCACCGCUGCCUACAAGGAAAACCCAGACUUGGAAAACUUGUUGUUCCACCCAUUCUUCAAGAAUGCCAUCACCAAGGCCCAAUCCGGCUGGAGAUCAUCCAUUGCUAAGGCUGUUCAGUACGGUGUUCCAGUUCCAGCUUUCACCACCGCUUUGUCCUUCUACGAUGGUUACAGAUCGGCCAUGUUGCCUGCUAACUUGUUGCAAGCCCAAAGAGACUACUUUGGUGCCCACACCUUCAAGGUCUUGCCAGGUAAGGAAAACGACUUCCUUAAGGGUGACUGGAUCCACGUCAACUGGACCGGUAAGGGUGGUAACGUGUCUGCCUCUACUUAUGAUGCUUAAGCUUGCUUAGCGUCCGAAUUGAAGAUGCCAUUUUUUGUUUCUAGCAGUUCAAUAAUUUAAUAAAAUCGGUUGU